AUGAUUGAAAAUAAUUUCACAAUCUUCCAUCCCACUGUAUUUAUUCUGCUUGGUAUCCCAGGGCUUGAGAGCUACCAUAUCUGGCUUUCUAUUCCAUUUUGCCUCAUGUAUGUGACUGCAGUGUUGGGUAAUGGUGCUCUCAUCCUAGUCGUCCUCACUGAGCGUAGUCUCCACGAACCCAUGUACAUCUUUCUUUCCAUGCUGGCUGGCACUGACAUACUACUUUCUACAACCACUGUGCCCAAGGCACUGGCCAUCUUCUGGUUCCACGCGGGGGAGAUUGCUUUUGAUGCCUGCAUCACCCAGAUGUUCUUCAUCCAUGUUGCUUUUGUGGCUGAAUCUGGAAUCCUGCUUGCCAUGGCGUUUGACCGAUAUGUGGCCAUUUGUACUCCCUUAAGAUACACAACAAUCUUAACGCCUAUAAUGAUUGGGAAAAUUUCCCUGGCUAUUUGGGGGAGGAGUAUUGGGACUAUAUUUCCCAUCAUUUUCCUGCUGAAGAGGCUGCCAUAUUGCAAGACCAAUAUCAUCCCUCACUCAUACUGUGAGCACAUUGGUGUGGCUCGGCUGGCUUGUGCCGACAUCACCAUUAAUAUCUGGUAUGGUUUCUCGGUCCCAAUGGCAUCAGUAUUAGUUGACGUUGCACUCAUUGGUAUAUCUUACACCAUGAUCCUUCAUGCUGUCUUCAGAUUACCCUCCCAGGAGGCUCGGCACAAAGCACUCAACACUUGUGGCUCCCACAUUGGGGUCAUCCUGCUUUUCUUCAUCCCAUCAUUUUUUACUUUCUUGACUCACCGCUUUGGUAAAAACAUCCCCCAUCAUGUCCAUAUCCUUCUUGCCAAUCUUUAUGUUCUUAUCCCUCCCAUGCUCAAUCCUAUCAUUUAUGGGGCAAAGACCAAGCAGAUUAGGGACAGUAUGACUCACAUGUUCUCUGUCAUGGCCAAGGGGUAG